AUGUCGGUUAGAUUCAUGUGCUUUAUGGUGGCCCUCGCCGCCGCCGCUGCCACCGUCUCUCUGGUGUCAGACGUAGGAAUGAGGCACAGAGAGGCAGUUACAGGCAGGGCAGCUGCCGCCUUGCUGGAGACCACCACAGAUACAUCUUGUACCCUCCUGCUCUUCACAGACAAGAUAUCAACUCUCACAGUCCUCCCGGAGAUACUGGAGGCGUGGCGGAGGCAAAGGGGCGUGGCAGUGUUCACUCUGGAGACAAACAGGACAGAUUCCACCGUGACGCACCGUUUUUCUCACCUGGUUCCCCUUGCUCGCCAGUUUUACUCAAAAUCAUUUUUACAAUUUGAUCAGGUGCGUCAGCUGUCUUGGUGCACGACGGUUGUGGUGAUGAGUCGCGAGGUUGGCUUCCUUGCCGCCUUCGCCGAGUGGUCCCUGAGAGGCCGUUUGUUAGUGUGGGCCACCAGGUUGGUGGUGGUGACCCGCUUGUUACUUCCACAGCUUCACUCCCUUCUGCCCACCUACUGGACUUUCUCUAUGAUGAACACGGUCUUCCUCAACAUCAAAAACAAUUACUCUAGGUUGUUCAGAUACCUGCCAUAUAGCCCCGUUGGGCCUCAGAUCGUGACGGUGGCUUCCUGGAGGCGCUCAUUGGGGCUUCUCCCUACCAAGGAAGACAUAAUGUUCCAGGAAAAAUUUGCAAAUUUCUAUGGUGCCGUAGUGAACGUGACCGCCCUGCCGUUUGCACCAUUCUGGGAGGAGCGAAAGGGACCAGAUAAUACUACGCUGUACUCAGGCACUGAUUUCUACACCUUUGCAGCUAUCGCUAACGCCCUUAACUUCACACCGUAUGUGGUGCCCACCACUUCAUGGGCGGAGGUGGCGCGUCUUGUGAGUGAGCGAGUGUCCUUCAUGUCUCCCGUGUAUCAUAACGUCAUGCCUCAAAGACUCAAGCGGUAUGACUUCUCUUUUGUGUACGAGUAUGGCUCUUUGGACUUCAGCAUGGCCCUGCCAGGACUCCAGCCUCAGUGGAAGGCCCUGUACUACCCUCUGGUGGACAUUGUGUGGACAGCAAUCCUUCUCGCCCUCCUGUUCAUACCAGCCAUCCUUGUUAUGAUCAUAAGAGCUACAGAUGCGGGGACACAAUAUAAUGGCACCUCGAGACUUGGCUCCGGGGCGGUGUACCAGGACAUGACGGGGAUGCUGCUGGGUCAAAACCUUCCUCGCCGGCUGCCAACCACUUCCUCCAGUCGGAUACUGGUGGGCACCUGGCUCAUGUUCGCGCUUGUCAUAGGAUUGGCAUACCGCGGCAAUCUGACUGCCUGCCUCACCUUGCCCAAGUACCCUCCACGGCCUGAAACGCUCUCUGAGCUCGUGGACGCGGUGAACAAAAUAACGAUGCAGCCUUACGGCGUUGAGUUUAGGAACUUCUUCGCCAAAUCGGACUCACCAGUGUUCCAGAAGCUGGCACGUCUUAUAGACUUCGUGCCUACUAUUGAAAUCGGUCAAAACGAAGCUGUUGAGAAAAACCAAGCCCACCUGGAGAACAAACGUUACCAGCAGCUAAGGAUCGCUGAACGGUUCACGAGGGCGGAUGGCAGUGAGCUGCUGUACAUAGGACGGGAGAGCAUCAUGCCAGGUCAAGCCGCCUGGCCAUUACCUCACGACGCCCCUUAUAGGCCACUCAUUGACCGUCAUCUCAUGGCCAUCAUUGAGGGUGGAUUGUAUGAAAAAUGGAGUGAAGACUUAUUGCUUGAAGUCCAGAUGAAGAGUCGGAGAAAGCAGAAGCAAUUACAAAAGGAUGAUGAAGCAGAGCAGAAGAAUGAUAACACAGUGACAGCGCUGACCAUCACUCACACUCAGGGAGCCUUUAUGCUCCUUCAUCUAGGCCAUGCAAUAGCAGCCUUAAUCCUGGCAGCAGAAAUAUUCAAGUGGAGAACUACAACAAAAGUACAAUAA